GCUCAUUAGCAUCCACUAACUAAGGACCCAAACCAGAGUAUCAGAACGUGCUCAGGGCAAUUGAAAACCGUCGUAUGAGCUUGAUUCCCUUCGCGUCUUAUCCAUCGCCUGUCGUGACGCACUUCCCACUUCCCGUUUUGCCGUUCGAAAGGAAAAACCCAGUUGACAGAGUGACUGACCCACCUAGGAGACCAAGACCCACCUCCUGGUUCCGUAGCCUGACGCACAUGUGCGUUGUUUUUCUGCCUUUAAACGUGUGCCCACCUGCGAUUUCUAGACCACCCGUUUCAUUAGCUCGCGCUUCCGCUUCUCCUUUCCUCUCAAGUUCCCUCCUUUUCCCUCCUUUGGUUUUGGGCAAAUUUUUGUUUUCCCGAUGGCUCUUAAUUUGCUGUCGCCGGCCGAGAUCAAGGCCGUUUCGUUCUUGGAUUCUACGAAGUCAAAUCACCACCUUCACCACCUCAAUAAGUUGCCAGGUGCAUAUACGUUGAAGAGGAAGGAUUGUGGAACGAGAAGAAUACAUUGUUCAGCACAGCCGCCUCCACCAGCCUGGCCUGGACGAGCUGUUCCCGAGACAAAUCGUAAAUUGUGGGAUGGCCCGAAGCCGAUUUCUAUUGUUGGAUCUACUGGUUCCAUUGGAACACAGACUUUGGACAUAGUAGCAGAGAACCCUGAUAAAUUCAGAGUCGUGGCUCUUGCAGCUGGAUCAAAUGUUACACUUCUAUCUGAUCAGGUUAAGAGAUUCAAGCCUCAAUUGGUCGCAGUUAGGAAUGAGUCACUAGUUGAUGAACUCAAGGAGGCUCUAUCUGAUGUUGAAGACAAGCCUGAGAUCAUUCCAGGGGAACAAGGAGUUAUUGAGGUGGCCCGCCAUCCAGACGCUGUAACUGUAGUUACAGGUAUAGUUGGUUGUGCAGGACUAAAGCCUACAGUGGCUGCCAUUGAAGCAGGCAAGGACAUAGCUUUGGCCAAUAAGGAGACCCUCAUUGCAGGAGGUCCUUUUGUGCUCCCCCUUGCACACAAGCAUAAAGUGAAGAUUCUUCCGGCUGAUUCUGAACAUUCUGCCAUAUUUCAGUGUAUUCAGGGUUUACCAGAAGGUGCACUUCGGCGAAUUAUUUUGACUGCAUCGGGUGGGGCUUUCAGGGAUUGGCCAGUAGAUAAAUUAAAAGAAGUCAAAGUUGCUGAUGCUUUGAAGCAUCCUAACUGGAAUAUGGGGAAAAAGAUUACUGUUGACUCUGCUACCCUUUUCAAUAAGGGUCUUGAAGUCAUUGAAGCGCAUUAUCUCUAUGGAGCAGACUAUGACCAUAUUGAGAUUGUGAUUCAUCCCCAAUCUAUCAUUCACUCGAUGGUGGAGACACAGGAUUCAUCCGUUCUCGCACAAUUAGGGUGGCCUGAUAUGCGAUUGCCGAUCCUCUACACGAUGUCAUGGCCAGAGAGGAUUUACUGCUCUGAAAUAACAUGGCCUCGACUCGACCUUUGCAAGCUUGGUUCACUAACAUUCAAAGCUCCUGACAAUGUGAAAUAUCCAUCCAUGGAUCUUGCCUAUGCUGCUGGACGGGCUGGAGGCACAAUGACGGGAGUUCUUAGCGCAGCCAAUGAGAAGGCAGUUGAAAUGUUCAUCGAUGAAAAGAUAAGCUACUUGGACAUCUUCAAGGUCGUAGAGCUUACUUGUGAUAAGCAUAGGGAGGAACUGGUCAAGACACCUUCCCUUGAGGAGAUCGUACAUUACGACUUGUGGGCUCGGGAUUAUGCAGCAAGUUUGCAGCAAUCCACCACGAGGACUCCUGUUCUCACAUGAAUGGCCAGCAAAAAUCCUCUUGGAAUGGUGUAUAGAAUGACUCGGGGAAGGUUUUCAAAUGGGUCAACCCAUGCAGUUCAGUCGGUGGAAGGAAAAAUGUGAUUUAAUGACCAAUUCCAAGCACAUCUUUAACUAGUUUCACAAUUCUGAAUAAAGGUCCAAGUUCUUCUUCCCCAUCAUCUCCAUUUCUUCACGCUUUGAUCCAAUCUUUGUGCAACUUGUUGUAGCAUUUUAGGGGUAUAAGGAAAACAUUGAUAUCUUUCACA